CCUCACCGCCAUAGCCAGAGAAGGUUGUCAUUGACAAGCUAGACUAACUGCGAGGCGCCACUGCUUCACUGCUUGUUCUUCGUCACCACCUUCGCGCCCAGCAUGGACGCCAUUAGCAAAGAGGUGGAGCGAGUUGCGGCAAAGGUACCUACGCUAUAUGCCAGCGGUUCGAGCUCCUCCUCAUCCUCUGCGUCCUCGUCCGCAAAGAAGUCUUCAAAAGCAAAAGCAGCAUCACCGUCUGGUAGUUCGUCAACAGCAGCAGUCUCAGAAUCACUCGAUUCACUCCUCUCUUCGCUCGAGACCAUGCGAUCAACCAUCGCCUCAGAUCAGUCCCCUCCAUCCGCUCCAGUCGUCGCGGCCGAGACCAAAGCACUUAUCGCCAAGUCGCAAAAGGCAAUUGCCGAUCGACAGAAGGAUGUGUACAAUGCGCUGUCCAAGCUAGGUAAGGCAUACGACAAGAAGUUCCCUACACCAGUAGAUGGUAUCGCGGACCCAGCGCUGUUCAUGGGGGCUCAGGCGCAAGAGGCCCUCGAAGCUGUAGUACUUGAUCAUAUGCUCAGGAUGGGCGAGUGGCAGGCAGCGGGAGAGUUGGCAAAGGAAUCCUCACAAUCCCUUCCCCCUUCAGACGUGUACCGACAACUCGACUCCAUCUCCCAAGCAAUAGAGGCUGGCAACCUCCAACCUGCCAUCGCAUGGGCAGAGUCCAACCGUGCUUUCCUCUCACGGCGUUCCUCGACAUUCGAAUUCGCUCUGCAUCGCUCGCAGUUCAUUCGCCUUGCCACCGGCCAGGCCUCGCCCAGCACGGCACCGGCAUCAGCAGGCAAUGGCACAGCUAUGGCAUUGGAUCCGGAUGGCGAAAACGUUCCCUCGUCCUCGUCAGGCUAUGCGACACCUUCGUCGAUGAGUCCAGUCGAGGGGGCGAUCCAAUACGGCAGAACGCAUAUGCGCUCUCACGUGGGGGAUCACCUCGCAGAGAUUCAGGCCCUCUUCUCCUUUGCGCUCUUCCUGCCGUACAUCUUUCGCGAUGAUCCUGACGCGGAUGCUGCCUCGCACAUUACCCACCUUGCCCACCUGCGCGAUCUCGUCCCGCCCAACUACCACCACUUCCUCGACCCCAUUCAAGUGCACGCGCCUUAUCUCGUCCCGCUGUUCCAGGUCGACUUCUGCGCUAUCAACAAGCUGGCUAGAGAAGCGCCCCUCAAGACGGCGGUGGAAGUGGGCACAGGUGGAGCCCUCAUGAAGAUCAUGAAAGUUCGACAGGUCAUGAAGCAGAGAGGCAAUGAGUGGAGUCAAGCAAAUGAGCUGCCGGUACGUCCCAACUCAUCGCGCCUUGCUACUCUUCUGUUCCCCGCAAAAGGCUGACAUCUCAACCUCUCCGCUCAACCGCAGAUCGACAUCCCUCUCCCCUCCCAUCUGCGCUUCCACUCAACCUUCACCUGCCCCGUCUCCAAGGAGCAAGCAACAGAAGAGAACCCACCGAUGAUGAUGUCCUGUGGCCACGUCGUGUGCGCAGAGUCGCUUGCGCGC